AUGGAGCCCUCCAGCAGUGCUCUGCAAGCACCCCUGGACAGCCCUAUCCCAGGGCCCAGCAACCUGGAGCCCCCCAACAGUCCCAUUGCAGAUGCCUGCAUCCUGGAGCCCCCCAGCAGUCCCAUUGCAGAUGCCUGCAUCCUGGAGCCCCCCAGCAGUCCCAUUGCAGAUGCCUGCAUCCUGGAGCCCCCCAGCAGUCCCAUUCCAGAUGCCUGCAUCCUGGAGCCCCCCAGCAGUCCCAUUCCAGAUGCCUGCAUCCUGGAGCCCCCCAGCAGUCCCAUUGCAGAUGCCUGCAUCCUAGAGCCCCCCAGCAGUCCCAUUCCAGAUGCCUGCAUCCUGGAGCCCCCCAGCAGUCCCAUUCCAGAUGCCUGCAUCCUGGAGCCCCCCAGCAGUCCCAUUCCAGAUGCCUGCAUCCUGGAGCCCCCCAGCAGUCCCAUUGCAGAUGCCUGCAUCCUGGAGCCCCCUAGCAGUCCCAUUGCAGAUGCCUGCAUCCUGGAGCCCCCCAGCAGUCCCAUUCCAGAUGCCUGCAUCCUAGAGCCCCCCAGCAGUCCCAUUGCAGAUGCCUGCAUCCUAGAGCCCCCCAGCAGUCCCAUUCCAGAUGCCUGCAUCCUAGAGCCCCCCAGCAGUCCCAUUCCAGAUGCCUGCAUCCUAGAGCCCCCCAGCAGUCCCAUUCCAGAUGCCUGCAUCCUGGAGCCCCCCAGCAGUCCCAUUGCAGAUGCCUGCAUCCUGGAGCCCCCCAGCAGUCCCACCCCAGCCACCUGCAUCCUGGAGCCCCCCAGCAGUCCCACCCUGCCACAACGGGACAUUGGCACUAGCGUCACCCCGGUGCCCACUGCAGCCACCAGCACCAGAGUCACCCCGGUGCACACUGCAGCCACCGCCACGGGCACCAGCAUCACCCCAGUGCCCACUGCAGCCACCGGCACCAGCAUCACCCCAGUGCCCACUGCAGCCACCGGCACCAGCAUCACCCCGGUGCACACUGCAGCCAUCGGCACCAGCAUCACCCCGGUGCACACUGCAGCCACCAGCACCAGCAUCACCCCAGUGCACACUGCAGCCACGGGCACCAGCAUCACCCCAGUGCACACUGCAGCCAUCGGCACCAGCGUCACCCCAGUGCACACUGCAGCCACUGGCACCAGCAUCACCCCAGUGCACACUGCAGCCAUCGGCACCUUCAUGACCCCGCGGUACCUGCGGGAGAGCAGCAUCAACACAUCCACGGGUCCUCCUCCCUGUGCCAAGGACAGCGCUGCCGAAACAGACUCCCUGCUCUGGCUCUGUCCCCGGGAGCAGAUGAAGUCCCUGCCGCGGGCAGAGCUGGAGGGGCGGCUGGCGAGUGCCCUCAUCAUCAUCGAGGCCCUGUCGCUCCAGCUGCGGGACUGGAAUGAGAACCAGCGAUCCCUGCCUGGUGUGGGGCCGGCUGAGCAGAGGGAGGCACUCACCCAGACCGAUGUCACCUACCCCGAAGGGGAGGAGAUCUACUGCAACCUCUACCUGGAGCUGCGGAGGAGGAUGGAUGCUCUGCAGCGGCAGCGGGGACGGGAGCAGGACCUGCAUCAGCAGCUGCAGAUGGCUGUGGAGCACAUGCAUGCCUGGGACAGGCAGCGCCCCGUGUUCCAGGACCUCGUGGACACCUGUUCCCAGAGCCUGCAGGAUGAGCGGAGAACACUUGUCCAGCAGCAGGAGCAGGUGAGCACCCUGGUGUCCCGGUGCCAGGCCCUGCUGGAAAGGGUUCCCAGCAAGCUGCAGAGCUGCCUGGAGGAGUUGGAUGCCAUGAGGCAGCAAGUGGAUGAAGCCCUCCAAGCCAAGCAGGAGGCAUCUCAUCAGCUGGAGGAGACCUCGGUGGCCCUGCAGGACACAGUGGCUAAGCUGGAGCAGUUGACAGUGGCCAACUCGUGCCUCCGCGCAGACCACAGCUCCCUGGUGACCAGCCUGGCCAGCCUGGAGCAGGAGCGGGAUGCGCUGCGGCAGGAGAAUGAGAAGCAGCAGGAGGAGAUGGCCUCGCUGGCGCUGGAGCGGGAAGUGCUGCAGCGGGAACGCGAUGGAUUGUGCCAGGAGCUGCGGGAGGCAACCGAGUGCCGGGAGUUCCUGGAGCAGGAGAACCAAACGUCCUGCACUCAGCUGCAGGAGGUGGAGGCCAGGCUGAGGUCCACGCUGGACACGCUGCAGGAGGAAAGACAGCAGCACAAGGAGCUGAUGGAUUCCCACCAGCGCCUGCGGGAGAAGCAGGCUGCUCUCAGCAAGGAGCUGGAGAGCACCAAGGCCGAGCUCCUCGACAUGCAGUGUAAGAGGAACAAAAUCUCCUGGUGCUCCAAGGACAUCGUGGAGAACAAGAUGCGGCUGCAGGAGCUCGCUGAGUGCCUCAGGGCUGCUCUGCAGGAGGAGGAUGAUGCUGCUGCUGCCCCAUUGAAAAGCAGAACCUGGACCCCAGUCACACGUACUCGAGGCUGGCAGACCCCGUACCGUGUCCGGACCCCCGCCUGUCACACACCGAUGUUCCAGACCCCACGAUGUGCCACAGGGAGCUUCUCUGUGGCCAGUGUCCUGAAAGCUGUGUCCGGAGAAGAUGCUGAUGAAGCUGCUGGAGCUGGGAGUGCAUUAACCAAGGACAAACUUGCUGCUACACCAAAGGCAAUAGAGCCUGAGGAUGAUUUGCUGGACAGUGUGAAGCAGCUGAAGUCUGUGGUGUCUGACCUCGCCAUGCUGAGCUACCGCGUGCAGGACCGGGAACAGAGCAAUUUCAAGGCGCUGCGGACAGAGAUCUCCAACCUGCAGCUCCGUUUGGAGACGGUGACAACAGAGAGCGAGGAGAAGAUCAAUGCCCAGGCUGCCACCAUCGCCAAGCUGAACAAGACCCUGACGGGCAAGCUCAAGAUGGAGAAGGAGCUGCAGGACGCGGUGAACCAACAGGAAAAGAAGAUGCUGCAACACAUUGACCAGAGUGCGGAGAUCUCGAGGCUCAAGGAAGAGAUUCGUGAUCUGAAGCGCUCACAGCAGCACGCAGAGACAGAGGCCAAGGUGCUGUGGAAGGAGAUGAGGGAACAGAGACCCAAGGAGGACACUGUCCAUGUGCAGGACCGAGUGCUGCAGCAGCAGGAGCUGAACAGACUGCGGUUGCUGCUCAUGGAGAGGGUGCAGGAGAACCUGAGGCUCGCGGAUAAUGUCCAGUGGCUGGAGGUGCAGCUCAAUAGCGUCCAGAGAGCGCUGAGGAGCCAUGAGGAGAUGCAGAAGAAGAUGAAGGAGGUCCUGGUGGCUGUUCCUGACACGGCCCUGGUGUUCCAGGAGCAUCACAGCCUGCUGCAGUACCUGGGCUUGAAGCCAGAGAGUGUCUGCAAGGAUGCUUUGGAGCCGCAAUAGCCCCCGGGGUGAAACCUUCCCCUUUUCAAAGGUGCAAUCAUUUCCUGAAUAAAGUUGUGUUGGCAU